AUGUCACCGUGUCGGGACAUGCGUUUGUAUCUCCGCUUUCUAUAUGCGCUGGGAAUGAUAUGUGCUCGCCUCGAUGAGGAAAACUGUCUGCUACAGAUAUCAGCAAACAGUGAAACUUAUGCACUGAUCUAUACGCUCAGCAUACUAGCCGGAAUACUCGGGUGUUUCUCGUAUGCAUAUUUCAAUCCGGACGAGUUGUUCAUGAAUGUUUACACGAAGACUGGCAAUUUCUAUGAGCGCAUGAAUCUGUUACGAUUUUGUGUGGUGCUUUGUCUGCUUCACAUCUGCCUCUAUUGGCGACGACGUCGUCACAUAUUACUAGUGGAAACGCUGCUGAAGCUUAACAGACUCUGCUCAAGUGAACGAACUGAUCGAUACUUUAUGCGCAUCUUCAUCACGUAUAGUGUCCUAUUUGUAGUCAGCUUCUUCAACUAUGCCAAUGGAUAUGCGCAGACGGGCUUAGAGCAAGUUGCCAUGUUAAUUUAUGUCGCAAUAUAUACUUAUGGAUUUCUGUCCAUGAGUCUCCUGGUUGUGUUCUUCGUCUGCUUGCAAAGAAUCAUUGCCGCUGGCCUAGCCUAUUACAAUCAGAAGCUAGAUGCAAAUGAUUCAAGCACUAAUUGUAGGGGUGUUCUGGUUGAGCGACAGCGUUUAUUAAGUCUUAUAACGGGGGAGCUUAACAAUUGCUUUGGACUCCUCAUGCUUCCCAUUGUGCCACUUAUUCUGUUAAUGGCCCCAACUGGACCUCUCUAUCUACUAAGCACCGCAAUGGAGGGCAAAUUUCAUACCUUCUUUCAAAUUUCCAUUGUUAGCAUCACGGCCAGCCUGUGGAAUGUGCCUUGGCUGGCAGUGAUGACGUUGUUGAUGCGCUCGAACUUCAUCACAGUCGAGGCCAAUAAAACUGCCAAGAUUCUUGCAAAAAUACCUCGAACUGGUUCGGGCUUAGAUAAAAUGGUCGAAAAGUUUCUGCUGAAGAACCUACGUCAGCAACCCAUAUUGACAGCCUAUGGAUUUUUUGCUUUGGAUAAGAGCACCCUAUUCAAGCUCUUUACAGCGAUCUUCACUUAUAUGGUCAUAUUGGUGCAAUUCAAGGAAAUGGAAAAUUCUACAAAAUCGUUGCAGAAAGCACAGCUCAAUUUUGCUGACACCUAAAAUGUUGAUUAACUUACCGAAUCAU